GCUGCUGCUGGAACAAAGCCCAUCACCAGGCAUGGCUGCCAGCGGCACGGAAAUGAUUCCGUUCGGUUUCGAGAACGACUUGGACUGGGUGCCUACAACGUUCGUAGAGCCAUUCGCUCCGGAAAAAGUGUGCGGCGUUUGCGGCUUGGUCCCUCAGGCAAUGUACGUUCUGCCCUGCGACCACCGAUUGUGCUCCGAGUGCUACCGCCAUGUCGAGAAGUCCCACCUCUGCCCAUUGGACAAGGAAGCAUUUGACACGGGCCUCGUUGAGCGGACGACAUGGAGCGUCACGGAGUUUAAAAUGCUCCGCGUACGCUGCUGGAAUGCUAAAUACGGUUGCAGAGAUGAGGACACUCUCUCCAAGAUGUUGCUUCACCUCAGAACGACGUGCCGAUUCCGCACCGUCCGCUGCCGGCGAUGUCACGCAGUGGUGCUUCACAGGCGCAUCGUGCGUCACCUAGAUUCUGACUGUGAAGCCUAUCGUAUUCCAGGUGAGCAGUCAAACGCAUCCCCGCCCGAGGGGCAGCAGCUGGCCUCGGAGAGGAUUGGCGCGACGCGGGCGGUCUCGAAAGCUAGGUUUGAUCCUGGGGCGGACCGCGACACGAGCGCCGGGAGCAAUGACGACGUCCGUGGUCCCUUCAGAAAAACUAGUGAGCGUGCCCUCGCCACUAAAAAGCGCAGUUUCGACCGGGUGGUAGGCGGAGCUGCGAACGUUAAUGCAACAAACGUUUCGGCGUGGGACAUCGUGAAGCCUGUGGAGCUUGUUUCAGCCAUUGUGGACAGUUUCGAGUGGCCCGCUUCAGCCUACGACACCACGCAGCUUGCUUCCACCGCUGUGGACGCCAAUGUGGGACCAACGGUGUCUCCAGCGAAAAAGAGUAAGCGGCAGACCUCGCCGGAAAGUCCCGUCGAACAGGUCAUCGGGGAGCGUCGCGUCGUGUGGCCUUUUUUACCGACGCUUUCGCCCGGGUUCGGGAAAGAGUGCUGCGAGUGCACCAUCGAGAACUGGUCCAGCUUCCGUGCGGGUCAAGCUCGGGCCGUGAUACGUAACGGUCGGUGCGAGUGCGAUACGAGCCCUAGUUCUUACGGGUUUCUGCUCGUUCCAUCGGUGGCCAUGGGUUACGUCUGCUUCACCGUGCACGCCUUCCGAGAUUCGCGCCGUACGAUCGUCCCGUAUCCCCGAGAAGAAAACCUCAACCUGCGGUUCGUUCACCCCGAUGGCGAAUCGUCGAUGGACUUGACGAGGGUCAAAUGCGGCUACAUCAACCGGUGUCCCCUGGACAAGCAAGACUUCCUAGCGGAGGACGUGGUGUGGUCGUCCACGUCCAGCAUCAGCAAGGACAGCGUCCUGAGUCGCCGUGUGCGCUGCUAG